AUGUUAAUAAUAAAAAGUAAUUUAAUUUUUAAUGGUUGUAUUUUAAAUUUAUAUGCAUUUGAUAGUGCAUUUAUUUUUUAUAGCAUAUGGGAGUCAAAUGUUAAUUUUAUCAAUCAAUCAAAAUUUAUAAAUAGAAAGCAAUGGGAAUUUAAUCUACAAGAAUCUAAACUCAUAGUUCAAGAUUCACUAUUCGAUACUAUUUUAAUGUUGGGUUAUUGUUACUUUGAUAUCAUUAGUAAUAGUUUAAUGUUUGUAAAUAACUCGGAAAUCAUAUACAAUAAUAAUAAUCAUUUUAAUUCAUUUUCAACAUUUUCAAUUUCAAAUUCAAAUUUAACAAUUUCAAAUACAUUAAUAACUUCAUCUUCAUCGAAAUAUGGUAGUUCUCGAAUUAUUAAUAGUGAUACUAUAAAUCCAAUUACAGUUUCACUUUACAAUGUUACCAUUAGUAAUUUUAUAAGAUCAUCACUUUUUUCAUUCUCUAUUGGUAUAAUUAAAUUUGAAAAAGUCAAAUUUAUUGAAUGCACUUCAUCUGACUUUUUUUAUUUAAGUGGUUGGUAUAAUUUAUAUUUAGAUUUAAAUUAUAUUAAUGUUGUAACCAAUGAUUAUAAUCAUAUUUUUAAUAUUAAAAAUACAAAUAAUAAUUAUUUACCAAUUAAUAUUUCAAAUUUUAAAACAUCUUGUAGUACAAUUGAAAUUUUUUCAAAAUUUAUAUCAACAACAACAGUAGUAUCAUCAUCACCACCACAUGAAAAAUCAACAAAUCUAUUAGUUAAUAGUAGUAAUACUAAUAAUAAUUAUUAUCAUCCAAUACAAAUUAAUAUAAGAGAUUCAAGUUUAGAUUGUCUUGGUUCAAUGGAAUUUAUAAAUUCAAAUGUUUUCUUUGAAAAUGUUGAUAUUAAAGCAAGUUUAGAAAAUUUUUUAAUUUAUGGUGAAAACAGUAAUUUUGUAUUAAACUCAACAUCAUAUAUUACAAAUAAUUUAAAAAAUGAUGGUAAAUUUGAAAAUAGUUCAUCACAUUUUUUGAGAAGUAUUGAGUCUCAUUCAAAAAUUGAAAAAACAGAAUUUAUUUCAAGUUAUUCAAAUUUUCAAGAUUUUUUCCACCUUUCAGACUCCUCAUUAGAUAUUAUUAUGAUUUUAAUUGAUAAUUUUAAUACACCAGAUUCAUCUUUAAUUCAUUUACUUAAAUCAAAUUUAUCAAUUUCAAAUUCUAAAAUUUCAAAUUCAUUAUUUGGAAAAAGGCCAAUUUUAUUUAGUCAAGAUUCAAAUUGUUUCAUUGAUAAUUUAAUAAUGACCAAUUGUUUUUGUCAAAUUGAAUUUUUUCAAUUUUCAUCAAACUUUAAGUAUCUCUUUAACUCUUUUAUAAGUAAUUCAAUAAUUACAGAUAAUAAAGGUGUGGGAAUUAAUCAAUCACCAUUUAUUGUUGCUUCAAAUGUUAUGUUAAAAAUUAAUUCUUGUAAUUUUAUGAGGAAUUUAUUAUUACCAUUAAUAAAUUCAACGAAAUCAUUUGUUACAAUUCAAGAUGUUCUCUAUCAGAAUAACUCUGGUUCAUUUCAUUUUAGCCAUUAUGACUAUAGAAUAUAUGUUACAAAUUUCAUUCUAAAAGAUAAUCAAAUACCAUUGUCAUUUGUAUUUGGAAUGAUAAAUCUCGCCUAUUAUGCCUCGUUCAAUAAUAUCAUAAUUUCAAAUAAUUAUUUAAAUCAAUACUUUUUCUUUUUAAGUGAAAUACCCCGAUUAUUUAGCACCACUAGUGAAAUUAAUAAUCUCAUAUUUACCAAUAAUAUUAUUUUAAAUGUUAAUGAUAAAUUUCCAUUCACUUUAGAUUCAUCUAUAGAUUAUGGUGGUGUUGGUGAUGAUUUUCCAAUAUCAUUAUUUAUAUUUAAUGAAACUGUAUUUAGUUUUAGUUCAUCAAUUUUCAAUAAUAAUACUUUUAAUUCUGGUUUGAUUACAUCUUUUGAUUCUGAAAUCACUUUUUCAAAUUGUACAAUCAAUGAAAAUCUUUUUAGUAAGUCACCAAAUUUAUUAUAUUCAAAUUCUUCUCAAAUAGAUUUUAAAGAUUGUAAUGUUUGUUCAAAUUAUGCAAAAAACCAACUCGACUUUUUCUCUCUUUCUUUAAUUGAAUCAAGUGGUCUUAUGAAUUUAACAUACUCUUCAUUAACUAUUAACUCUUGCCAAUUCUCAAACAAUUUAUUAAAUCUUAAAAGUAAUGGAAACUAUAAAUUAAAUUCAUAUUGGUCAUUAUUUCAAGUUCUUUUCAUACCACUAUUUUUUAAUUCCAUAUCAUUAUUAGUUUCAAAAGAAGUUGAUGGUAAUCAUUUUUCAGCUUUAGAUUUUACAAUCUAUUAUUUAAAUGAUAAUUAUUUACAAAUUACAUUAUUCACAUUAGCAAUUAUUAUAAUAGUAAUAAUAUCAUUAUUUUUAAUAAUUUUAUUUUUAAAUCCAAUAAUUAAUAACAUAAGAAACUUUUAUAUUAGUAGAGGAAGUAGUAAUAUUAAUAGUGGUAUUAGUAGUGGAAAAUCUCUAAAAUUAAAUCAACCACCCUAUCAAAAUAGAAUAAUUUUGAAAUUUAAUCAAUUCCAUCAACUGAUAUUAAAAUUGAAUUAUAAAAAUCAAUUUGGAUGGUUAGAAUUAUUAGUAUUUUUAAAAACAACAAUUUUCAUUUCAUUAUCAUUAUCAAUGAUAUUCAAUUAUAAGAAUUAUCUUUUAAUUAUUAUUGGUAUUGAAAUAUUUUAUCAAAGUUUUAAUUUUAUUUUAUUACAAACUAAAAAAACUAAAAAAUUAUCAAGAAAUUAUCAAAACUCUUUAAUUGAUUUAUUUCAAUUAAUAAUUUUCGUCAUUGUUAGUUCAUCAUUAUUUUCACACCUUGAUUCAAAAACCAAAGGUAAUCUUAUUACUUGUCUUACAUUUUUUAUAAUUUUAAUAUUUAUAAUUAUUAAAAUAUUUAAUAAUUUAAUUAAAAUAAAAUAA